GUACAGGAUGAGAGAGAGCAGCCUAAUUGCUCUCCCUGCAUCAGCAGCAUCUAUAAAAGCAUCCUGGGAAUUGCUCGCCCUACGUUCAGAGCAGCUGGUCACAUGAGCCUGAAUUUUCAGUUCAGUUCAUUAGUCAGCCAUUUUGGUCAACACCCUGCUUACUGCGCACGACCAAUCCUAUGAGAACUCAGCAUCCCGGCUCAUCUGAGCAGAUCCUGGAAGUGAUUUCUGCGGCUUGGGAUUUUUUUAAAGCUAAAUUGAAAGUAUAGGUUUAUUUUUUGUUUAGUGUUUUCUUUUUAUGUUUUUUUCCCCUAUACAAAGAAGGAGAAUUUAUUCGUGCUGAGACCAGUUUUUUAAAACCAGAUAAGGCAGCAUCGGCUGUGCAGGAUUUAAAGCCUAUAGCUCAGCUGGAAAAAGGGGGAAGGGAAGAUAAAAGGAGAGGAAGCCGGGAGAGACAAGCAUCAUCUUAUUUUGCUAUGUGGUAGGAACUGUCUGUAAGAAAAGGUAGUGUAGAAUUUUUUAUCUUGAGCAGUUGGUUCUUUAAACUAUAAGGUAUUUUUCCUUGUUUUUAAAAAAUCUCCCUCACCCCUUUUCCUAAAAGCUUUGUUUCAGAGCUUUGGCCUUGGGGUUUUUUAGUGAGGAGGUCUUAUAUAUUUUUUGGGGUGUGUGUGUGUGUGUGUGUGUGUGUGUGUGUGUGUGUGUGUGUGUGUGUGUGUGUGUUGUGGUCCCAGCUGAGUCAUCAUGUCUGCUCUGACGCCUCCGACCGAUAUGCCAACCCCCACCACUGACAAGAUCACACAGGCUGCCAUGGAGACCAUCUACCUUUGCAAAUUCCGAGUGUCUAUGGAUGGAGAAUGGCUCUGCCUGCGAGAGCUGGAUGACAUCUCACUUACACCUGACCCAGAGCCUACCCAUGAAGACUCUUGGGAGGAUUUGACAGAUUUGGUGGAGCAAAUGCGGGAUGAUACAGAAGAUCCUAAUUAUCUCAUGGCUAACGAACGCAUGAACCUGAUGAAUAUGGCCAAGCUGAGUAUCAAGGGCUUGAUUGAAUCCGCUCUGAACCUGGGGAGGACUCUAGACUCUGACUAUGCACCUCUCCAGCAAUUCUUUGUGGUGAUGGAGCACUGUCUGAAACAUGGCUUGAAAGCUAAGAAAACUUUUCUUGGACAAAAUAAAUCCUUCUGGGGGCCUCUAGAACUUGUAGAAAAGCUUGUUCCAGAAGCUGCAGAGAUAACAGCAAGUGUUAAAGAUCUUCCAGGACUUAAGACACCAGUAGGCAGAGGAAGAGCCUGGCUUCGUUUGGCAUUGAUGCAAAAGAAACUUUCAGAAUAUAUGAAAGCUUUGAUCAAUAAGAAAGAGCUUCUCAGUGAAUUCUAUGAACCCAAUGCCCUCAUGAUGGAGGAAGAAGGAGCCAUAAUUGCUGGUCUCUUGGUGGGUUUGAAUGUCAUUGAUGCUAAUUUCUGCAUGAAAGGAGAAGAUUUGGACUCUCAGGUUGGAGUCAUAGAUUUUUCAAUGUAUCUCAAGGAUGGGAACAGCAGUAAAGGUAGCGAAGGAGAUGGUCAGAUUACUGCAAUUCUGGACCAGAAGAACUAUGUAGAAGAACUCAACAGACAUCUGAAUGCUACUGUAAACAACCUUCAGGCAAAAGUAGACGCAUUAGAAAAAUCCAACACUAAACUGACAGAGGAGCUUGCAGUGGCAAACAACAGGAUCAUUACCUUGCAAGAAGAAAUGGAACGAGUAAAAGAGGAAAGUUCCUACCUACUGGAAUCCAAUCGGAAGGGUCCUAAGCAAGACAGAACUUCAGAAGGGCAGGCACUAAGUGAAGCAAGAAAGCAUUUAAAGGAGGAGACACAAUUACGAUUGGAUGUUGAAAAAGAACUGGAGAUCCAGAUCAGCAUGCGACAGGAGAUGGAGUUGGCCAUGAAGAUGCUGGAGAAGGAUGUCUGUGAGAAGCAGGAUGCGCUUGUGUCUCUUCGGCAGCAACUAGAUGAUCUCAGGGCUCUGAAGCAUGAACUUGCGUUUAAGCUGCAGAGUUCAGACUUAGGAGCUAAACAGAAAAGUGAACUAAACAGUCGCUUGGAAGAGAAGACUAAUCAGAUGGCUGCUACCAUUAAGCAACUUGAACAAAGUGAAAAGGAUUUGGUGAAACAGGCAAAGACCUUAAAUAGUGCAGCAAAUAAACUGAUCCCAAAACAUCAUUAGGCAUUUUGCAGUUGGUCACCUUGCAAGUCCGAUAUUACAACUUAAUUGUAAAAGGAAGAAAUCUGGAAGUUAUUAAAUUUAAGCUCUGAUUCUAUAUAAAAUGUCACCAAAAGUUGACUUUGAAUUGGUUGGACUUUUAAAAAACCAGUAUAGGUUUUUAAAAUAUAGGUUGGGGUUUUUUCUUAUUAUUAUUUUCACUCUAGGAAAAAAAAAUUUGGUAUAAGUUCAUAAUUAAAUGCCAAAUAAACUUUGAGAAAUUACUUCUGAGUUGACCAAUAAAUAAAUACCAUUUUUAAGAAGCCUAGGGAAAUGAAGCUCUGUACAUAUAUUAAUGAUGCCUUUACAACCUAAUCCUUGAUAAUAUCAGAUUCUAGGUGCGUUGUUCAUGUCUGUAUCAGCAAACCUGUUUUGCCAUUGCAGUGUAAUGAACUAGAGGUAACUACCAUGUGAACUUGGACUCUUCUAAAGUAGUUCUGUGUCUCUUAGGCCAUGACCCCUUUUCACUUUUGUUAUAUAGGUUUAAUCCCCAAGCCAAGGAUAAGUACUUAAUAUUUCAUUACUGUUCUACUUUCAGUAACCAAGAUUGCUUGCAACUUUUUUUGCCUUAGUGACUUUAAAAAAAAAACCAAAAGCCUCCUUUAUUUCUUUAAAGCACAUAGAGAUAAAAUUAGUAAUUAGGUAACUUAUGAUAACAUAAUAAUGUGGAAGCUUGGGAAAACCCUCCUAAUAUUUGUCAUCUUCUACCUCUGCCAUUUUUCUGCAAUUUCAUUUCCUACUUAGGUGGCUUGGAGAGAACAUUUAAUAAAAACACACUCUCCUUUAAAGAAAAAAGUGUACUGCACUUUUUCCAUAUCUAUCCUGCUUUUCCUAUUGGAGUCCAGAGAACAGGGUAAAGACAGGAAUGAUAAUGUUGUUCCUGUCAUUUCUUACCUGGAAACAUUUAAGGUUUCCUGUUACUUUUUGUUCAGAUGGGGAGUUGCUAAAAGUUCCGGGAAAAUAAUAAUUGAAUUAAUUAGAGCUAGAAAAACAUUUUAGAGUAGGAAAUAGAUACGCGAUAAACUUAUAUUCUUUAUUAUUAUUUAGUACAAAAGUAGAGAUUCCCAGUAGAUAUCCACAAGCAAUAUUAGCAGGGCUUCUUUUUCUGAGUGAUUACAGAUUUAACCCUUUCUAGGCUUUACAUUGUAAAUAACCCUAUAAAUACUUUGAUUUUUUUUAAUGUCUUGAUUUGGGGAGGUAGGCUUCACAUAAGCCUUCAUUCCUUCAAAAGGUCUUGACAAAAUAUUUGUUUUUUCUCAUUCUGAUAUGCUUUGCAGCAUUUCAGCUGCUUAGGUGGGGACAAAGAUAACCCUUUUGCUUCCAGCUCUUGAAAUUCUUUAUCUUCUCGGCAAAACCAGAGAUUUCAUGUGUGCUUUAGAUGUCCCUGCACAGAUCUGAACCAAAAUCAAGUCAAAGAACAUAUAUUUAGAGCAACUUUAUGAAAGACCCUGGGCUCUUGAACUUAUUUUAGUUCUUAUGAUUUUGCACCUAUAUAAAUCAAGUUCUUUCUAUAUAUAUAUAUUUCAUCAAUCUUGUGAUGAGCCACCUUUUCUAUGAGCAUUUGGAAGACAUGAUCAAACAUAACUCUCUAAAGACUAUGCAUAGCAUGCUUCUAAAUUCUAUUAUGUAAAGGCCCAAAUGUUUCACCUUCUAAAACUCGCUUCGUUAUAGGUGCAAGGUUAUAAGAUGUUGAGAAGAAAACCUCAAUCAGAAUCUUCCAGCAGAUGUGGUGAAGAGUCUUACAUAGGCCCAGUCCUGAGUUCUUUGUCCACUUAGUCACCUACCACUUGGUGGGAAUGGAGGAAGAGGGAAAGGAAAAAGACAGCUAAACUCUGACAAAAGCUUCUCCCAAUAGAAUAACCCAAAACCUGGGGAAGGGUUGAUGUAUACUAUCCCAUGAUUUAAUAUAUAUGGUUAGGAAAAAGGACAAGAAGAAAUGUUAUAAUACCACAUAUGAAAAGGUAGUUGCCCAUUUACAAGUUCCAGUUAUGUGUGUAAAACCGAAGAAUAAAGGUCCAAAUCUUAAGAAAUAAAAACAAAAAAGUAGAUUUAAUUUAAAUGACUGUGUACUUGAGGUUGGCUUUGGAUAUGGAUUUUCUAAAAAGUGAUGUUUAUUGUUUAUCAUCUAAUGGCUGUAAACCGUAGUACUAGAAUAAAAAAAAAUGGAAAAUCA